AUGAUACAAAAACCGGCUUCGGCGGCGCCAGCCGCACGGCUCGAAGAGGACGACAACGACAACGACGACGACAACACGCCGCCAUACUACGACCCCAACGAAGACUCGCAAGACAACAACCUCAACGACUACCUCGACCCCGACGACGACGACGACGACGACGACAACAACAACCCCUCCUCCUCCUCCUCCUCUUCCUCCACCACGCCCAUCUCCUCCCCCAACGGCAAACAACGCAUCACAAUCAUCGGCACCGGCUGGGCCGGCCACACGCUCGCCACAUCCCUCGACCCCCACAAAUUCGCCAUCACCAUCAUCUCGCCGUCCCCCUCCCUCGUCUACACUCCCCUCCUCGCCCGCGUCGCCGCCGCCCCAGCCGCCCCCGCCCCCCACCUCGCCGAGGAGCCCGUCCGCAACCGCGCCGGCACCCGCAACCGCAUCCGCUACGUCAAAGCGCGCGUCGAGAGCGCGGACCUGGCGCGGCGCCGGUUGCGCGUGAGGACGGCGUUCGAGUGGCCGCGCGGGGCGGAUGACGAGGAGAAGGUGGUGCUGGAUGACGACGACGGGAUGCGGUUCGACGUGCUGGCGGUGGCGCCGGGGUGCGUGGCGGAUCUGCUGGGCGAUGUGCCCGGGGCGGCGGAGUACGCGCAGUUUGUGCGGACGGCGGAGGAUGCGCGCGUGCUGCGGCGGCGGUUGUUGGAGCUGCUGGAUAAGGCGUCGGUGCCGGGAUUGACGGAAUGGGAGCGGCGCGAUCGGUUGCGGGUUGUUGUUGUGGGUGGGGGGCCGGUGGGGUGGGAGCUGUGCGUGGAGGUGGGGGGGUUGGUGCGCGGGGAGUUGGGGAGGUUGUAUCCGGGGGUGGUGGGGUUGUUGAGGGUUGUGGUGUUUGAUGUUGGGGCGCGGAUACGGAGUGCGUAUGAGAGGAGGUUGUAUGAGUAUGCGCGCGAGAGGUUGGUGGGGCGGGAGGGGGUCGAGGUGAGGGUGGAUGCGCAUGUCGAGCGCGUUGGGAGGGAGGAGUUGUGGACGAAGGAGGAUGGGCGGGUGCCGUGCGGGUUGGUCAUCUGGGCGACUGCGAAUACGAAUGUGCCGCUGGUUGAGCGGCUGGAUGCGAAGAAGUCGAGUGGGGGGCUCGUGAGGCUGCUUACGGAUAGCCGGUUGCGGGUUUACAAGCCAGAAGGGGAGGUAGAGGCCGAUGGGAGUGGUGAUGUUGAUGAUGAUGAUAAGGUCUGGGAGGGCGUCUACGGGUUGGGAGAUGCGUGCGACAUCGAGGGAGCGCCGCUUCCGACUACGGCUGAGGUCGCGGUGCAAAAGGCGAGGUACCUUGCGAGCGUCUUGAACAGCGGCUCCGAGACGCCGUACAAGUACCGUCCGAAGGGUUUGGCCACUUACCUCGGCGGCCAUGAUGGAAUCAUCCAGGACGGGGAGUGGACGGGGAAGCUGGCUUGGCUGUCUUGGAAGCAAGGCAGCUCGGCGUGGACGAGGAGCUUUAGAACGAGGUCGAUGAUGUUCCUCACAUGGGGAUUUAAUAGGCUGUUUGGGACAGAGUUGGCAAGACUUUGA